AUGUCAGGUGAUACAUCACUUAGCUUCCAGAAAAUCAGUGGCUGUCCAUCUCCAAAUGAUAUCAAAAGUUAUGAAUACUCACAAAAUUCAGAAGCCGGUGACCUAAGCGUAUACACUGAAUAUUGUACUAAAGUCACUGACCCUCUAAGUCAUAAAUCAGAACUCGAUCAUGCUGAAGAUGAUGAACCGCCUAGUCCUUUAUCUCUUCAACAAGAUGGUGUAUUCUCUUUGGUUCAAAGUCCACCAUUUGAAAAUGAUCCAACAGAUCGUAUUUCUCCUGAAAAUCAUGAUCAUCAUAUCAUCUCAGAAUUAUCUGCUGAUUCAAAGAGCAAAACACUAGCGAGUCUAUCUGAAGCUGACUCCUCUGUUGUAAUAACUGAUCAAACAAAAGAACCUGUGCUUUGUAGUACUAAUGCUUGGCUAUCUUCUGAUCUGCACAAUGCUAGUCAGUUAGUAGAACAGGGGAAUUCAAUCUCCGGAGAUAUACCUAGUCUGCCUUGUCCAGGAAAUCUUUCAAGUAUUAACAACAACAACAAUAGUAAUACAAAAGAUCGUCUUGUUGUCGUUGACUCUUCUCAAAAUUCCGUAAUGAAUUCUACUCCAAACACAGAAGGCCCUAAACAAGAUACUUCUUCAACAACGGUGGUCAAACAAACAAAUUUAUCAGCUAUUGCAUGCAGAAAAAGUGUAAAAGAGCUUUAUGGACAACCAAGUUGGUGGGGUGAUGGUGACAAUGACUAUUCUUACCCGCAUACAUCAUCCUUUAGAAAUCAAGAAACUUUCCAACCUGCUUUCCGAAAAUACAGUGUAGAAACUGAAGUCAAUUCAGUGUCGAAUGAAAAGUCUGUUAGACCACCACCUGCUGAAGCAUUUGUUGUGGAUUUCGGUCCUCCUUCAAGACCUCGUUCAGAACGACCUGCAUCAUUAUCUGGUAGCCUUAGUCAAUGUAUUCCUGCUAAACUUCGUCAAGGUUUGGAUGAGAGGGAGAGAAGAAAACGCGAGAAACAAAUGGAAGUUCGAAGACUGUCAACCUCUGGAGUGGCGAAUAAAAAUACAACCAGUGGACCAAAUGUAAAGUAUAAGCCUACUCCAACGACGACAACGGCGAUGGCGACGUCGACAACCACAGUAAGAAAGAGUUCGGUAACCAAUGUAAAUGGAAUUUCAAAGUCUAAUAAUCGCGGUGCCUUAUCCUCUACAAAAAGUUCAACAGUAUUACGUACAACAAGUACUCCAGCUGCUGGUGCCACCGCCGCUGCCAAAACAGUGACAUCAACAGCGAAAACAAGAACAAGUACUGUGAGUUCAAUACGAUCGACUGCAACAACGUCUAACAAGAAUAUACGAUUAUCUGGAGUAUCAACAACAGCUGGGGGAGUAGAAAAUCGAUCUAUUAGUAGUAGUAUUAUUAAUAAUAAUAAAACCAAUUCAUUGACACAAAGAAGCAGACGAAUAGACUCAUUGUCGAAUCUUACUGUGAAUAGUAAUACUAAUGCUUCUAGAUCGAAUCUAACCGAUCGAUCUAGAGGUAGAAUGUCAAAUCAAAAUAUUGGUAGUAGUACUAGAGAACCACUAUCAACACAACAGACAAGUAGAAGAAACACCAGACCACCAUUUUCAGCUGGUGGACGUCGUAUUUCAACCGGUGCUACAUCUUUAGCUAGUCAGAAUACAGCUCCUAGUCAGUUGCAACGAUCUAAACUAUCAUCACCACCGACUCGUGCUUCAAUGCCACCAGCGACAAGUACAGGUUUGACAAGUUCGCGUUCUUAUCUGCGUGGGGCAUCAUCUGCGACUAGACAAGCUUCUACACAACGACGUGGUACAAGUCGUGGUUUUAUGACACCGACAACAAGUUCCGAUGCAAAACAAGUUCGUGCCCGAGAAUGUAUUCGUUCAGUACCAAAUGAAAGUCCUAUCUCUUCAUCUCCACAGUGUGAUACACGUAGAAUUUAUGAACCAUCACCGUUAGGUAAUAGUAAUAAAAAGCCAAUUACAACUACAUUUCUUCGUCGUGGAACAAGUCAAAAUCGUGGUGGAGGCGUCGGUGCUACUGGUGGUACGAUUAGACGUAAAUUAUCUACAGAUAAUAUUGAUCAAUAUUCGCCUUCUAACAAGUCAUCAUCACGAAUAUCUGAUCUGACAGCCUCAGUGGUUGCUGCUAUCGAAGCCUAUGAUGAUCCUAAGGCCUAUUUAUUUUAUCGAAUGUUUCAAGGCAGUGAAGAAACUGAACGUACUACAAAUGGGAUCUUUCAGGCAUUUUCAUCUUAUUCACCGAAUUUUCAAGAUUUAUCUCCUGAAAUGAAUUCAAAACCUCUGGUAAACAUGAAUAAUGAUGAUGAGGUUUGUCCUGAUGCUGAUGCUGGCAAUGAACGGUUGUUGACUACUUCUCAGAUGAAGAAACACUUAUCCAAUGAUGAUUGUUCCAAUGGACGAAAUAAGUGCUUCGGUUCAACCGAGAACAAUGUUGAAGAUGAAUAUGAUACACCAAAUCGUCGAACAGAUUCAAAACUCACUUCAAAUUUACCGCAUAAUCAGCCUUAUGAACAAGGGAAUUCUCAGCUAUCUACAACAUCAUCAAAACUACGUAAAGGUCAAAAAGACUCAAACAGCAGUAAAAUUUUUCCAAGUGAUAUUCAAGGUACAAUGGGAUCUCAUGGGUUAUCAUCAAAUCAUAAAAAUAAAGUGCACGGUGGAGUUGUUGACGAUGCCGAGGCUGACGAUGAUGACGUCAUCGAUCCGACAAUCAAAUCGAUGAAUAUAUCAUUACUAGUUAGUACUUCAGUAACUAGUUUAACACCGAGUCAUACGGGGACUUAUGUGAUUGAAGCAAAUGAUGAAACUGCUGGUGUUGAUCAGUGUCUAUCACAGCAUUCAGAUGAUAAAGAUGUGUAUCCACGUAAAGAAUCCGAUUUAUUAACACCUCGUGGUGGUAGUCCUUUAGAUGGAAGUGAAGAUAAUGAACAGUUGAAACGCUUGCCUGGAGGUUAUUCGUCGCAUCAACAGUCUAGUAGAAGGCUUCCAAUGCAUAAAAAGGGGUUUGAGAAUUCCAUGUCGUCUUCAGUGGAUCAAAUACAAACCCAUAUGCCAUCAUCUAAACUUUUCCAGCCUACAACACGUAAAAAACGAAUCUAUUCAGAUCAUGAAGUGAUAUCAUCUUCAACAGAUUUGCAUAAAUCUCAAACAGCUGAUAAAUCUCUACACCUUGUCAUACAAGCUAAUUCAACAGUUUGCCUUAGCGAAAAACUGGAUGGUGUUGAUGAUGCUAUUCAACCUGAUUAUGAUCGAGUGAAAAAAUCUGCUCUUGCUGCUGAGACAUUAGCUGCACAAGGUAUCCUGCCUGUGGUUAUUUCUAGUGAUGAGAAGGCGUUAGCUUCAAUAACUACUGAUUCUGGACUAGCUACUACUAUUACCAGUUCUUGUUGUCCUGAAUCGAUAAGAACAUACACAGCGGAGACUGUCACCCCUAGAGGUAGUCCUAAUAUUAAAGAGAAAUUAUGGGAUGUUGUAGAGACUGAAGAAGGCAGCAAUGAUGAAGAGAGGUUGUUAGUUGUUGUUGGAUCGAAUGAAAUACGCGGAAAUGUAUUUUCAUCACAAUUCCCUGAAAGUAAUCAUAAUAACAAUAAUAGACAAUAUGAAGUGUUGAAUAAAUGUGACAAUGAAUUAGAUGCACAUUUUGCUAUGGAAUCACUAAGAGCGGAAUUUGAAGACACGUAUAAAUUACUUCCAUCUCCUGUUCAAUUUCUUGCAACAAAUGCUAUCGAUUCAUCAUUUUCGGAAUCGGAAUCUCGAUCAUCACAAACAAAGCCCACAGGAUUGCCUAUUAUACACGGGAAGAAAUCUACACGUUCUAUCCCGCUGGUGAAUACAACAAAUGCUCCAGCACAAUAUAUGAGUGGUAUUGUCAAGUCAACAACACAAACCAGUAAUAGUAGUAGUGCUGCUAGUCAUAUACCAGUGAACAGUUUACAAAAUGAUAUUGUUACUGCAUCAACAUGUACAUUUAAUAAUGAUACAAAAUAUUCAAAUAUGCGUGCGUGCACAAAUGAUGGGGGUAUUUCACAACAACAACAAACCUCUACUGUUGGCUUAAAACUACCUAAUCUUUCUUCAUCGACAACCUCUUCAUCUUCAAAUACUCCGUCCACACCAUCGUCUUCAUAUACAAAUAAUAUUUUGAAGAGUAAACGAGAAUUACUCGAAGGAUUUGAUUUUGAUAAACAGGUUGUAACCAGUUGAGAAGAAUCCUCGAAAUAACAAUAAUAAAAGAUGAGCUCAUAUUAUAUUAUCUUCUGGUACAAUUGUUGUUCUUGCUUUGUUCAAGUUUAUUAAUGGGAAGAAUUGCAUGAAGUUUUUAUUAUUUUUUAUCGUUUCAAACAUAUUACAUAAUCAACUUUGAAAAAGUGUUUGUUAU